UUCAACGUUUGUUGUUUUAUUGUAAAGAAAUUUCAAAAAUGUUUUCUUUUAUUAAAAUAAUUUUAUUAAGCAUAUUACUAACUACAGUUGCAUCAAAAGUGGUAGAAAUCGAUGAGGAAAACUGGCCACAAUUGUUGGAAGGUGAAUGGAUGGUCGAAUUCUUUGCUAAAUGGUGUCCAGCCUGCAAAGGCUUAGAAUCAGUCUGGGCUGAUUUUGGUACUUGGAGCAAUGAUCUGUCAAUAAAAGUCGCAAAAGUUGAUGUUGUUAAGAACCCAGGUUUAUCGGGUCGAUUUUUUGUAACAGCCUUACCUACUAUUUAUCAUGUGAAUAACGGUGAUUUUCGAAGAUACUCAGGUACUCGAGAUAUUAACGCAUUUAUGUCUUUCAUUGAGGAUAAAAAAUGGGCAGACAUUGAUGUCAUUAGUGGAUGGAAAAAACCUGAUGGCGUUGCAAUGGGAAUUUUAUCGUGGUUCUUCAGAUUAUCUCAUUUCUUAAAGGAAAUUAACAACACACUUUCGACACAUUACGGUUUACCUACGUGGGUUUCUUAUGGGUUAUUUGCCAUUGCCACAAUCAUUUUAGGAGCUGUUGUAGGACUUAUUCUUGUUUGCAUUAUUGACUUUAUUUGGCCCCAAAAACCAAUGCAACGUCAAAGCUUCUCGGAAGUACAAGAAAAAGAUAAAAUGAUUAAACGAUCUAACGAAAUAAUAAAUGAAGAUCUUGUUGAUGACACAGGAAAUAAUCUGGAUGAAAAUGAUGAUACUUCGGAGGCUGAAAAGAAUUCUGGAAGUGACGAGGAUGAUGAUAAUGAAGAAAAGGAGGUAAAAGAACCUUCACCAAAGGCUAGCCCUGAUGUUCGAAAGCGUCGCACACGUAAGGCUGAUUAAAUAUAUCUCGACAUCACAUUCUUUUCUUAAAGAAAGCGGACAAAAAAUAUUCACUGAAGCAACGCAUAGAUAAAAGACUCAAUUUGAUGAGUUUUAUUUUAAAUUUCAAAGAGGAAGAAAAUGAGAUUUUUUUAAACACUUUUUCAAACCUCACGAAAAUCUUACUACAAUGAUUCGCAAAGUAUAUGACUUUCUACAUAUAUUUUUUUAAAUUUUGUCACUUUUUUUUAUUGUGUUAGAAAUUAAUUACUAAAUUAUUGCUUUACAUUACAUAAAUGAUCCAUUUAAUGAUAUUUUUUCGCACCUUAAUAACUAUAGUUAAUAGCUAGUGUUAUGAUGAAUGCCUAUGAAUGAACUUAGAAUGGCGUUUUGAUACACUCUCACUUACUUGAAAGACUUGCAAAUUAAAACAACUUUGUCAUUAAUAUUAAAAGUAAAAUAAUAUGAUUAAAAUAAUUAAUAAAAUACAAUAUAGCUACGAUGUAAGUCUUAAAAAAAAGGUAAACUAUUUUU